CGUGGGUGUAAACAAAUCUUCAAAUCCCGCCAGCUUCAUCAAAUGCUUCACAUAUCUAAUGAGCUUGACUGGCUGGUUUCAUACCGCAGCAAAACAUCCUUUAUAAUGGCGGUCUCGAUAGCAACCGAGCGGCAUUGACCGGCGAUUUCACCAGCAGCCAGCAAAAGAAAACAAAUUGCACGGCCUGGCUAGCUCUCUUGCUUUCUCCAUUGCUAGCUGGAAAACGCAAGUGGAAUAAUGUAUGUAACGAAUAAACUGCAAGGGUACCUGCCGGAACUAACGUUAGCUAACUAGCUUUAUUUAUUUGGAGUUCAUAGUGGUUGUUGCUACUGUUAGCUUGCUUGCUAACGUUAGCGCAUUCACUUGCGGAAAAUGGAAAGUGUGCGGAUAGUGGCUGGGGAGAGGAGCCGAUUGGAGGUGGAUUCCCUGUCAACAUCAGUCGGAAUAUUAGACUCGGAAAUUGGACAAAUAAGAAGUGGCAGCAAGUUUUUAAAGGCCAGUGGUGGUGCACUCUUCCCCGCUGGAAAAAUAACUGCGACGGGGGAAGAUGAUGGCGGGGGCGGGGAGACAAAACUCUUGGGACUUGCUACCACCUCCCUACUUCACAUAGCGAUACGGAACGGGAUUUACCAAAACCAGGCUGCUAACGCCACCAGUAGUGCUGCCAAUCUCAACAUGACCACCGGUAAAACACCCAACAUCUACAGCCUCGUAUCGGUCAGCAGCACCAGCGUGAACUCGUUGUUGACCAGGAGACGGCGGCACAAGAGGAACCUCUCGGCCGCAGCUUUGACAAUCUCAAGCCCACCCGCAGUCUCCUCCGUUGGGGGAGUGAGACCCACACUGUCCGCAUCGUCUGUCAGCAACACACUGAGCCUGGAUAGAAAGACCUUGCUUCGCCAGAAGCAGGCGAAGCAGCUCCAGCCCAACGACAAGGCGUGGGUCCGAGCUGACCUCCAGCAGGGUUGUAUCCACGUCCAUGACCGACUCACGCCCUCCUACCCCCGGGCGGUACUAUGCGCCGUGGACACCACCGCUGGGGAGAUAGCGGCUCGUCUGGGGCAGCUUGGAGGUAAAUGUGGAGGGAUACUAAGAAUGACUCGCAAAACAAGUGCUUAUGUUGACCUGAACGGUAACUGCAAUGGUAGCCAUGGGCAUAUUGACUACCAACUUGGUGUGAAUAAAAGUAACAACGUGAAGACCUCCUACCCAGGUUCUGUGAUCUCCUACUCAGGGUCAGAGGAGAACCAACCAGUCUCUCCAAUCAAGCGGCUUCAUAGCAAUAACAACCAUGCUCAAUAUUACCUGGAAACAAAUAUAUUACUUUCUGACUACAAGAUACCAAGCACCUCUUCCUCUGAGGUUUAUCUAAAUGACAGUGAGGGUGCAGACAUGGGCCUGAGUGGGGCCGACAGUUGUGGACUGUACUCAGGCUCAGACAUGGAGAGUAGCACCUUUGAUGAUUUGAGCCCCGGUGGUCCGCGGCCCAGCCAACACCGGAACUCCCUCAGUGAUGCUGCUGUCCUUGGGACAAACUCCUCAGUGCUCAGCCCAAACUUAGAUUCUGCCACGGAGGAAUUGGACCCGUUUGGGAGUUCCUCAGACGAGGUUGAGCUUGACCCUUCCCCGACACACACAGCCAGCAUCCCCACUGUCACUCGGCAACAGACCCUGGAGGGGAAAUCCAUGCACGUCCCCUCAACUGAUGCCUGCAAAGCUCCUGACAACAGGCUAUCAAAGUCAAACCAACUGGAAGACAAAAAGGCUACUGAUGAAGGUGGAAAAACAGGUAGCACUGGAGGAGAACCCAGACUGAUCAAUCCCCUGUCAAGCUGUGGCAGUAACUCACUGGCCCUACCUCUGACUGGCAGAGCAGCUGUUGAGUGUGACCUGGUCGUUUCAGGGGAGCUGAGAGGGGUCCCAGGCCCAGAGAAAGCCUCACCAGCACCGGCCCUCUUCGCCCAGCUGCACGGUGGAGCUAUGAGGAGGCUGGAGGAUGAUGAGAAGCCUCUGCAGAUGCAGAAUGAGUACCUCUCUAAUCUGGGCUAUGGAGACCCGUGGCGGGUACAGGAAGAGGGUAUGGACCCAGAAAUAGGCUGUCUCAUACGCUUCUACGCAGGUAAGCCGCAGUGUGUGGGUGGAGCAGACCGGGUGCAGCUGAUGGGUGUGUUUAAUGUGAGGAAGGGUAAGCUGGCCCUGCCUGUCAACCGGUGGUCACGACGACACGUCACCCUGAGUGGCACCUGUCUCAUCGUCUCUUCCGUCAAAUAUGCUCACACCGGCAAGAUGCACAUCCUGCCCCUCAUCGGUGGAAAGGUGGAGGAGGUGAGGAGACACAGUCACUGUCUAGCCUUCAGUUCUUCUGGUCCCCAGAGUCAGACCUACUACAUCAGCUAUGACUCCUACACAGAACACCUCCGCUGGCACAGACAGGCUGCCAAGAUAGUGUCUCAGAGGGUGAGUUCUGUGGAUCUGUCAUGUUGCAGUCUGGAGGAGCUGCCAUCUCAGCUGUUCUACAGCCAGGACCUGACCCACCUCAACCUCAAACACAACUAUCUGACGGGCCUCACACAUCUCACCAGAUUCUGCAGGUUGAGGAGCCUCAAUCUCUCUAACAACGCUCUGUCUGACUUCCCUCUGGCCGUGUGUGACAUCACCUCCCUGACAGAGCUCAACCUCCAAGGCAACCUUCUGACCUCUCUGCCCUCAGCACUGGGGACCAUGCACAACCUGCAGACCCUGCUUCUGGACGGAAACUCUCUGAACUCCCUGCCUGCUGAGCUGGGCUCUCUGGAGGCCCUGACCUACCUGGGCCUGUCCUUCAACCUGUUCAGCAGCGUACCUCCAGCCCUGGAGAGGCUCAGGGGGGUGGAGAGGCUCUGUCUGGCUGGGAAUCAGCUCUCCUCCCUGGACAUGGUCGGCCUGCAGUGGCUCCCCCACCGACACAUAGAUCUCAGGUUGAACAGGCUCCAGAGGGUGGUGGUUGGGGAGGCUGGCCUGCUGAGCCACGUGGCCCAGUUAGAUGUGCGGGACGCUGGGUUGGAGGAGCUUGACGUCAGGACCCUAUCCAGGCUGGAGCUCCUACGCUGUGACAGAAACACACUCACACUCCUUCGAGUCAGCGGCCUAGCACUCAAGGGUCUGCACACAGCACAAAACGAGCUGAGAGCGCUGGAGGUGUUUCCUGUUCCAGAGAGCCUCACUGUUGUGGACGUGUCCAGGAACCAUCUGGACUGUGUGCCUGACUGGGUGUGUGAGAGCACCCGACUAGAGGUCCUAGACAUCAGCCACAACCACAUCAAAGAGUUACCCAUACGGUUAUUCUGCAGUGCUAGUCUUCGUAAAGUGCUGGUGGGAUGUAACAGUCUGCGUAGACUACCUGAGCGGCUGGAGAAAUCUCAGCUAGAGGUUCUAGAUGUACAACACAACCUGCUAACUGAGCUACCACACAACCUCUUCAUUAAGGCCCAAAGCUUGCGCUACCUGAACGCAUCAGCCAAUAAGCUGGAGUGCCUCCCUCCAGCCAGCCUAUCAGAGGAGGGCUUCAGCAGCCUGCAGGAGCUGUAUCUGACCAAUAACAGUCUGACGGACAAGAGUGUCCCUCUGCUGACUGGUCACGCCCACCUCAGGGUGCUGCACCUGGCCUACAACCAGCUACAGACCUUCCCAGCCAGUAAGAUGGCUCGUUUGGAGCAGCUGGAGGAACUGGACCUCAGUGGGAACAGGCUGAGAGCGGUGCCCACCACCAUCCUGAGCUGCAGGCACAUGCACACACUCUCUGCCCACUCCAACAACAUCACUGUCUUCCCUGAGGUCCUCCAGCUUCAAGACAUGAAGGUAGGACAGACACAACACACACUCUCUGCCCACUCCAACAACAUGACUGUCUUCCCUGAGGUCCUCCAGCUUCAAAACAUGAAGGUAGGACAGACACAACACACACUCUCUGCCCACUCCAACCACAUCACUGUCUUCCCUGAGGUCCUCCAGCUUCAAGACAUGAAGUGUGUGGAUCUGAGCUGUAAUGAGUUGUGUGAGGUAGUCCUCCCAGAGUCUCUGCCUGCUAAACUACAGGAGCUAGACCUGACAGGCAACCCUCGCCUCAACCUGGACCACCGGAGCCUCGAACUGCUCAAUAACAUUAGGUGUUUCCGUGUGGACCCAUCUCCCUUCUCUUUGUGUGGCAGUGAGGGGCCCGGGGAGCCUGCAGUCUGGAGCCACGGAUACACAGAGGCCUCUGGGGUCAACAACAAACUGUGUGUAGCAGCCCUGGCGUUGGACAGUUUCCGUGGAAGCAGGGAGGCUCUGUACGGCGUGUUUGACGGAGACCGGAACGUUGAGGUGCCCUACCUGCUGCAAUGCACCAUGGGAGAUGUGCUGGCCGAGGAACUGCACAAGAGCAAGAACCAAGAGGACUAUAUGACCAACACCUUCCUCACCAUGCAGAGGAAGUUGGGCACGGCAGGACAGAGGCUGGGAGGGUCCGCGGCCCUCUGCCACAUCCGUCAUGGCCUUGUUGCCCCAAGCGACCGUGGCGGCGGGGGCUGUUUCACGGUGACAGCGGCUAACGUGGGAAGGUGUCAAGCAGUUCUGUGUCGUGAUGGCAAGGCCCUCCCUCUCUCCACCACACACACCGUCAGACAGCAGGCAGAGUACCAAAGAGCACGCCAACACCAUGCUAUCAUCACUGAGGACAACAAAGUGAACGGAGUGACGGACUCCACCAGGAUCAUGGGCUACUCCUUCCUGUGUCCCGCCGUGACCCCACGACCCCACAUCUCCACGGUAACCCUCACCCCGCAGGAUGAGUUCUUCAUCCUGGCCAGCCGGGGCUUGUGGGAUACCAUGUCCACCUGCGAGGCUGUGGAGGCAGUGCGUAAUGUCCCAGACUCCCUAGCAGCAGCCAAGAAGCUGUGUACGCUGGCGCAGGGCUACGGCUGUCCUGACAGUCUGUGUGCUGUGGUGGUGCAGCUGAGUAUCACUGAAGACUGCUGCUGCUGUGAGCCCCCACCACCCCCACCCAGCCCCGGCCUGGAAACGCAACACACCCACACUGCUGGUAACACACACCACCACCCCGGCUAUGGCUCAGCAGAUGGAACUCUACCAUUACCGCCUCCGGUGAUGGGGACAGGAAGUGAGGUCAGCAGUGAGGUCAGCACGUCAGAGAUGAGCAGUGAGGUGGGGUCGACGGCGUCAUCGGACGAGCCAGCCAAUCAGACGGAGAAGGGCGUGGCCCUGGGGGGUCGCGGGGGGGUGCUGGGGCGGGGAGCGGGGGUGUAUGGAGGUGGAAGAGCAUCGUUCCAGAGGCAGUACUCGGGGGCUCUGUCUGACAAUGGGCUGGACAGUGAGGAUGAGGAGCCUAUAGCUGGGGUGUUCUCUAAUGGGAGCAGAGUGGAGGUGGAGGCUGACAUACACUGUCUGAGAGCACGGGCCAGCUCUAUACCAAUACCCCACACACACCCUGACCCACACACCCACCUUGAGCCUGACCCACACACACACCCUGACCCACACCCCGACCCACACCCCAGCCCUGACCCGCACACACACCCCAGCCCUGACCCGCACACACACCCCAGCCCUGACCCGCACACACACCCUAACACCUCUGUCACACAGCAGCCUGAGCCUUUACCUCCACCCUCCUGCCAGUCAGCCCCCACCCCACCCUCGUCCCCCCCUUAUCCGUUUCCUUACCAUCAGCCCAGCCCUGACCCUGAGACUAGCCCUGACCCUGUAGUAGAAGAGGAGCUGAGGGCUGUAGAGACAGACACUGUAACACCCAAACACACUGUUCAGGGACAGGAGGUGGGGCCUGGAGAGACUGGAGCAGGGUUGUGUGUGAUUGGUGGAGAGGUGCAGUUAGGUGCGGGCUCAGGCUCAGGCUCUAGCUCGGCCAGUAGGACUCUGGGUGGGACUCUGGGGCGUAAGGGGCGGGGUAACGGCUCGGUGGCGUGUCAGGGGCGGAGCCAGGAUGUGAUAGAGGAGGUGGGCGACGCUCCCGUCAGGAAGCAAGGAGGUUACUUCAACGCUCCGGCCCAGCCGGACCCUGACGACAAGCUCGUCAUUCCUCCCGAGCUGGAGGAGGAGAUCCGGGAGAUCAUGAAACAACAACAGGAGCAGAGUCAGACACACUCCCAGGGCCACCAGACACACCCCCAGUCACCGCCUGCAGCAGAAUACUACGUCACGCCCUUCUAGCUGACCAGACCGUUCUGUUACAACCCCUUCACAGCACAUUAGACCGCACCUGUGAAGAAUCCCUGCUACGCCGAUUUAUAGAAUGUCUGGAGAUGAGUUCCUGUAUGGGUGUGUCCAAAAUGACACGCUGUUCAAUAUCCCAAUGAAUGGGAUCAGAGGUUGAGGAGUUACGGGGGAAACAUGCACAGUCCCUCCCGAAACACACCGACCCUCCUGAAGAUGCCUCAUACCUGCUAAUGGCCAGCAAUACUUGUUUUAUUCUGUUAUCAUUUUAUAUUCCUAACUAUAUGACCCCAGGAAAUACAAUGCAUUUUUAUAAACACAGGCAUUAUUUACUUGCUUCACAAUGUUCAAGUUAAUUAAUUCAUUUUUUAUCAUAUUUUGUGAUGAAUGAAGGAAUUGAUUAAGCACUUUUUUUAUGCAGAGACUUUUAUUUGAACUAUUAUAAAGCUGAAUGAUACAUUCUGCUAGACUGACUGAACUAUUAUAACGCUGAAUGACACAUUCUGCUAGACUGACUGAACUAUUAUAAAGCUGAAUGACACAUUCUGCUAGACUGACUGAACUAUUAUAAAGCUGAAUGAUACAUUCUGCUAGACUGACUGAACUAUUAUAAAGCUGAAUGAUACAUUCUGCUAGACUGACUGAACUAUUAUAAAGCUGAAUGAUACAUUCUGCUAGACUGACUGAACUAUUAUAAAGCUGAAUGAUACAUUCUGCUAGACUGACUGAACUAUUAUAACGCUGAAUGAUACAUUCUGCUAGACUGACUGAACUAUUAUAAAGCUGAAUGAUACAUUCUGCUAGACUGACUGAACUAUUAUAACGCUGAAUGAUACAUUCUGCUAGACUGACUGAACUAUUAUAACGCUGAAUGAUACAUUCUGCUAGACUGACUGAACUAUUAUAAAGCUGAAUGAUACAUUCUGCUAGACUGACUGAACUAUUAUAACGCUGAAUGAUACAUUCUGCUAGACUGACUGAACUAUUAUAACGCUGAAUGAUACAUUCUGCUAGACUGACUGAACUAUUAUAACGCUGAAUGACACAUUCUGCUAGACUGACUGAACUAUUAUAAAGCUGAAUGAUACAUUCUGCUAGACUGACUGAACUAUUAUAAAGCUGAAUGACACAUUCUGCUAGACUGACUGAACUAUUAUAAAGCUGAAUGAUACAUUCUGCUAGACUGACUGAACUAUUAUAACGCUGAAUGAUACAUUCUGCUAGACUGACUGAACUAUUAUAACGCUGAAUGACACAUUCUGCUAGACUGACUGAACUAUUAUAAAGCUGAAUGACACAUUCUGCUAGACUGACUGAACUAUUAUAACGCUGAAUGAUACAUUCUGCUAGACUGACUGAACUAUUAUAAAGCUGAAUGACACAUUCUGCUAGACUGACUGAACUAUUAUAACGCUGAAUGAUACAUUCUGCUAGACUGACUGAACUAUUAUAAAGCUGAAUGACACAUUCUGCUAGACUGACUGAACUAUUAUAACGCUGAAUGAUACAUUCUGCUAGACUGACUGAACUAUUAUAAAGCUGAAUGACACAUUCUGCUAGACUGACUGAACUAUUAUAAAGCUGAAUGAUACAUUCUGCUAGACUGCCUGAACUAUUAUAAAGCUGAAUGAUACAUUCUGCUAGACUGACUGAACUAUUAUAAAGCUGAAUGACACAUUCUGCUAGACUGACUGAACUAUUAUAACGCUGAAUGACACAUUCUGCUAGACUGACUGAACUAUUAUAAAGCUGAAUGAUACAUUCUGCUAGACUGACUGAACUAUUAUAAAGCUGAAUGAUACAUUCUGCUAGACUGACUGAACUAUUAUAACACUGAAUGAUACAUUCUGCUAGACUGACUGAACUAUUAUAAAGCUGAAUGACACAUUCUGCUAGACUGACUGAACUAUUAUAACGCUGAAUGAUACAUUCUGCUAGACUGACUGAACUAUUAUAAAGCUGAAUGACACAUUCUGCUAGACUGACUGAACUAUUAUAACGCUGAAUGAUACAUUCUGCUAGACUGACUGAACUAUUAUAAAGCUGAAUGAUACAUUCUGCUAGACUGACUGAACUAUUAUAACGCUGAAUGACACAUUCUGCUAGACUGACUGAACUAUUAUAACGCUGAAUGACACAUUCUGCUAGACUGACUGAACUAUUAUAACGCUGAAUGAUACAUUCUGCUAGACUGACUGAACUAUUAUAAAGCUGAAUGACACAUUCUGCUAGACUGACUGAACUAUUAUAAAGCUGAAUGAUACAUUCUGCUAGACUGACUGAACUAUUAAAACGCUGAAUGACACAUUCUGCUAGACUGACUGAACUAUUAUAAAGCUGAAUGAUACAUUCUGCUAGACUGACUGAACUAUUAUAAAGCUGAAUGACACAUUCUGCUAGACUGACUGAACUAUUAUAAAGCUGAAUGAUACAUUCUGCUAGACUGACUGAACUAUUAUAAAGCUGAAUGAUACAUUCUGCUAGACUGACUGAACUAUUAUUGCUAGAGAGCUGUUUUCUUUCUGCCAGCCAGCAAGGCAGCCUGACUGUGGCUCCCUCCCUAAUGGCACCCUAUUCCCUAUUGCAGAGCCCUGGUCAAAAGUAGUUCACUAUAUAGGGAAUUGGUUGCUAUUUGGGACACAGCCUGUGUAUGGUUGCCUGUAGGCCUCUAAAGUAGACUGAUGCUGAGAGAGAAACUAAAUCCUAGGAGUUGCAUACUCUUAAGUGUGACAUAAUAAUUGACGUGUACUAAUCUUCUCUAAGAGAAAAUACUUUUUUUUUUUUUCAGAAGAUUGUUGACACAGACAGAUGUCUGAGGAAAGGAGGGAGGGAGAGAUGGAUGGGGAGGCAUAGGUAGAAUUAUAAGGACUGGGGAGAACACUGGAAAGGGGGGGAAUACUGGUAUUACGCAGCUCAAUGAAUGUGUGGGGCCUAUGUGAUCUAAUGAACUCACUUCAACAAAGGCAUUGUUCUAUCUAAGCUAAUCACACAGGAAAGCUACUUUUUCUAUAAUAAAUCUACAUUUUCAAAUAAUCA